AUGUUACCAAGAGUCAUGUGCGGCGGUACGUGCUGUGGAGCUGAUGUGGCGUGUGGCGUGUGGCGUGUGGCCCUAGGCUCCCCGGCCGAAUACGCCAUCUGCGAGCUGUCAUACAGCGCCGGCAUAAGAGUGCACAAGACUCAAGGCCAAGCUGAGUUCCUGGUCGGCUGGAAUUCGUACGGUGCAGGGUGGAGGUCUGGGUUGGGCAUCAAUCCAGCUCUGCGUGGCGGCGAUUGUGGAUCUGUGGCGCACACAACAGCAAAGCGGCCUCAACACGCACCCAACCCGCGCUCGGGACAGCGGCAGCCGACCAAGCCGGCAUGGGUCAUGGCCGAGGGCAGUGUGGUCAAGCUCGCUCGUGACGGCGUGCAGCGUGUGUGCAAAGAGGGCGUCCGAGAUCGAAUCAUGGUGCACCUCUGCCACUCGGCCGGUAUGUCCGGAUCAGAAGUGCGCGCGCUCAAGUUGAGCGACUUUCUCCUCCACGCCGACGUAGGAUCAGGUCUUAGGGUUCAAGUCAAGGGGAGGGUGGUGGGUAGGAGGAAGGAUGUGGAGCUUUGUGUGGUGGGCGCAUUGGCACUGCAUCUCUACUUCACGGACAGCCAGGGUGACAAGGUUUUCGGUUCGCCACUAGAGGGCAAGCCGGCGAUAUCGCCUGGAAAGACCUUCAACGGCUCCUACCUGAAUCGCCCGGAACAAGUCCUAGCAACGAGCGAGGAGGGGAACAUCCAAGUUCCUGCCGAGAUUCUGGAUGCAGUGUUUCCCGGGCGCAAGGAGGGGUUGCUACACGGACUGUGCAGCGUGCUGGUUCAAGAUGCGGCGGUGCUGAGAAGAAAGUACCCACGACAUGCUUUGUUCACACCCGGCGCGAUCAGCGAUCCUGCAUUCGAGGCGUUUGCCCGCCGCCUUACCGCACAAUCGAGCGUGCAAGGGACGCGGCUGGUGGCGUUUCCAGAAACGAGCCUGCGCCUGACCGCCCGAGAAGAUGGCUUGCCGAGCCUCAAGCAAGAGAUGGACAGACUGAGGCGGGAGAGAUAG